GAAUUAUUCAAAUGAGUGAAAUAAUUAUUCUGUCGCUGUAAUAGUGCCUAUCAAUAUUUUGUAGUAUUAUCUCAUUAUCGGCGAAAAGCCACUACUGGAUAGUUUAUCUGGCUGGCUGGUGUCACCGAGGAGUUGACAAUAUAUUGUAGCGCGGCGGCAGCAGCGCGGUGCAGUGCGAGUGUGGCGCGUGCGCGGUGCAUGCAGAGCUCGGCGCGGUCGCGCGCGCAGCUUCCCAGAAAGCGUUUUCCUGGUGUGUCGGUGAGCGCAGAUUGCGGUGACGAAUACCUACGUCACGUCGGUGACGCGGUGUCGCGAAUCUUAGUAUAAAAACGUGCGUGUUGGCGCGCCGCGUCCCCUAGUGUUCGGUGGUUCCGAGUGAGGACAACCUGGCGCCCCGCAAUGGACGCAUGGACUCCGACGUGGACGAGUCGGGGGAUGACACCGUGCCCGCCGAUCCAGAGAAGUGGGAGCGUCCCGAUGUGCUGCGGUGCGUGCGCUGGGUGGCGCGCACGUUCGGCGUGUGCGCGCCGCGCAAGCACCUGCUGCCCGACACCGGCCGCGCGCUGCUGGCCCUCACCGAGGACAACUGGGUGCAGGUGUGCUCGGGCAGCGAGCAGUCGGCGCGCAUCUACUACGCGUACCUGCGGCACGCGCACGCCGGCGCCACGGGGCAGCCGCCGCCGGAGCCGCUGCCCGAGCACCAGGCCACCACCAGCCAGGCUGCCGCGGCAGACUACAACCCGUACGGCGCGCUGAGCGGGUGUGCGCGCGCGGCGGGCGGACAGGUGCAGCUGUGGCAGUUCCUGCUCGAGGAGCUGGCGGCCGGCGCGCCCGGCAUCUGCUGGGAGGGUCCUCCGAAUGAGGGAGAGUUCCGGCUGUCGGACCCGGACGAGGUGGCGCGGCGCUGGGGCCGGCGCAAGCAGAAGCCCAACAUGAACUACGACAAGCUGUCGCGCGCGCUGCGCUACUACUACGACAAGAACAUCAUGAGCAAGGUGCACGGCAAGCGGUACGCGUACCGGUUCAGCUGGGCGGGGCUGGCGGCGGCGUGCCAGGCGCAGGCCGGGGACGCGCCGCCCUACUGGCACUACCUGCCGCCCGCCGCCACCGACGCCACGACACCCAACACAACCGCGCCCUAGUCCGCCCGUAGCCACGUAGCAAGCAAGGCUACGCUGUCACUACGCGGAAGGAAAGUGCUACGCCGUAGCACGUAGCGAGUGAAAGUUGCUACGUGCCACGUAGCCGCGACUACGACUGUGCUACGUUGUGCAUUCAAGUGAUUGAUGGUGGUAUUAUUGAACCGUAACCUUUAUAAUACGUCGGUAUUCCAUUAUGGUCUGUGUGUGGUGACCUGUGCAGGUAGGGGAUUGUAUAAUGCGUAGGCGUAGGCUAUUUAAUGGAAUUAGUAACGCUUAUUUGAAAAAAGAAUAUUGUUUUUCAAACUACAUAGAAACGUAUCUCUGGAAAAGUAUCACAGAUUACUAGUUGUGUUAGAAAACACAUAUUAAUACUGUAACUGUAAUUGUACAUUACUGUAUAAUAUCAAAGUGUAAUUAGUCUGCGUAGUGCUUCAUUCUGAUUCUAUCAUAUUCCAUGCCGGCAAAUAUUUUCACUCCCUAUAACAUGAGGUUUAUAACAAAAUAACCAGUGAUAUGUGUGUCUUAACAUUGUGUCAUCCAGUUCAGACGUAAAUUAAUGUUAUGUAUAAUGUAGAUAUUGCCUACAGUCAGGAAUGUGCCUGCCACGUAAUGUUUGUUGUUACUCGUUAACGAGAAUAAUUGCUUUCAAUAUUAUAAACUGAAACAUUUUCAGUGUUAUUACUUCAUUUAUGUUAGUAUGUAUAAAUAUUGUAAUAUAGUAAUGUUGUUGUGAAUUUAUACAUACUUAAUAUAGAAUAGUACAUACGGCAACACACACACAUGUAGGAUAUGAUCAAUAUACGUGUAGGAUACAAGUAGUGUUCCAUUGUUGUUGUGUGUUCGUUCUCAGUAGUGUGAGUGGCUAUUACAAUUGUUUCUAAAUAUGUCUAUCUACAUAUCUUUCAUAUCUAUGUACAAGCAAUGUUCAUGAAUAUUACUACUAUGUAUGACUUAUUAAAGUCUAAAAUUGUAUGUAUACAUUAUACUUGUAUUAUAUACCUAUACUUGGAAGCAAAACGGAGCUACUAACGUUUUUUUCUUUUCCAUUUCUUGAUUAUUAUUCUUUUUGAUACAAGUAUUUUAUUAAUUGGUAACGUUUGUCGUAUGAAAGACGAUUUAAUUAUCUUUAAAAUGAGAGUAUUCACUCAUUCCUUUUUUAAGUAUUUGACUGCGAAUAGAAAACUGUUGAAGGCAAAUCCUCCGCUAACGUCAUUCACCGGUGACCACCACGGCGUUCAAUGUGUUAAUUAAUGAGGGUUCUUUAAAAAAAUAAGCGUUAGUGUCUCCGUUCCUCCAGUUAUUUGCUCCCAAGUGUAUUUAGAUUUAUUUCUACUAAAUAGGUGCUUAUACAUUAGUUACUGUACGAUGAUAUCCCGACGGUGUAAAUGUUACCUAUCUUGGACUAUUCUACCUCAUUUCAGUUUGUUCCCGUUUCGGGUAGAAAGUACUUCGUCAAGUACUGGCCCAACUAUAAUUUUCUUGUUCUUAAUAAUACUAUUUUCUUUAACUUUUACUUUAAACUUUAAUGUGUUAGUGAUAAGUAUUAGUUUUGAUAUAUUGUAUUAUGUAGUUUUAUAAGUACUUUAGGUUUAAUUAGUUUUAAAUUAGGUUUAAAUUACCGGCUAAUAUGAUUGUUACUUUAUUCGCUUUUUUUGUUUCUCCGUAAUAGAUUAUAGUUUUUAAUGUAAUUGUUUCUCCUGAUUAAAUCACUAUGUUAGAAUUACUGAAAUGUAAUUAAAUUAUAUUACUUUACAGAGAAAUCAAACACAAUCAAUAAAAAUAGAUGAUUAAUAAACAAUCAUUAGGGCCGUACAGUUCCAAUGCGGGCUCUCUUUUCUCAGGAUUUCACUAGAUGGCGUUAAGCUAAAGUUGUCAAACGUCUAAUGUCUAAUAGCUUCAACGCUCUUUGGCAGUGCAGUCGACUACUUCGUAUUGGAGACUCGGUUCCCAUCAAGGCUUCAAAGCUCUUCGUUUAACGUUAGUGAAUUACUUACGAUGAUACCUUAGUUCCCUCUAGCCCUCUUUAAAAAAUUCCUACUCCAUAGCCCUCAUUGUGUUGCUUGUAAGAUGUGUUACAUACUCACGUGUAAAAUAUAUGUAUUACUUACGAAGAAAUACAAACAUUGUUUAAGAUUAAGUCUACCUAUGGUUAACAUGUUGGAUGUCAUUGCGCCAUCAUCAGAGUACCUAUUGUGUAGGUACGUUGUAUACUUGUCAUGGUAUAAGUACAACCACUUUUAAAUCAUUGUAAAUAAUACUUAACUUUGUUUUGUUAUUUUUGUUACAUACGAUUUAACAAUACAUUAAAUUAAUGCCCGUUUUUACCAACCUCUCCUUAAUUUUAAGACUCCCCUACUCCUAAGUUGAGAAUAGGUGAUAAUUAACGUCAUUUUGUUUGUCACCUGCCUAUAAUUGACACGCAAUAAAUAGUACACGCAAAGGGUUGGUUUAGUCAUGUUAAAUAACUUUUAGUUAAGAGAUGGUACCUGAAAACGGUCUUAACUCUUGAAUAUCUAUGUAUUUUUCGACUUGUCCAGGUACACGAUGGCCGCACUGACGCCGACCUAGUUUGUUUCAUGUUGUUACGCAUAGUUUACUAUUUUGUUAUUAUGUUACAUUUAAACCAAUAACAGUACAAUAUAUUAUUACUUUAUAUUUAGUACUCAUAUAGAAGUAUAUACUUGCAGGUUUAUUGGUUGAUUAACAACAUAAUAUAGGUACAGUCGGUAACGAUAAUCACAACAGUUCCUGGUCAAUUGUAAAUACUUACUUUGAAAUAAUAAAAUCCUGAACACUGAA